AUGGAUGGAGCUAAUGACAGCACCCAGAACUAUUUCAUCCUUUUGGGUUUUUCUGACCGCCCCAAUUUGGAGAGGAUCCUCUUUGUGGUCAUAUUGGUAGCCUAUCUUCUGACUCUUAUGGGCAAUACCAUCAUCAUCCUGGUAUCCCGGCUGGACCCCCACCUUCACACUCCCAUGUACUACUUCCUCACCCACCUCUCCUUCUUGGACCUCAGUUUCACCACUAGCUCAAUCCCUCAGCUGCUCUAUAAUCUUAAUGGACAUGACAAGACCAUCAGCUACACAGGCUGUGUCAUCCAGCUCUUCCUAUUCCUGGGUCUUGGGAGUGUGGAGUGCCUGCUUCUGGCUGUAAUGGCGUAUGACCGGUUUGCUGCUGUCUGCAAGCCCCUUCACUACACAGUGAUCAUGAGUCCCAAACUCUGCCUGGGUUUGGUGUUGGUGGCUUGGGGCUGUGGGGUGGCCAACUCUUUGAUUAUGUCUCCAGUGACUCUAGGCUUACCCCGUUGUAGGCACUACCACGUGGACCACUUCCUGUGUGAGAUGCCAGCUCUGAUCAGGAUGGCCUGUGUCAACACAGCUGCCAUUGAAGGCACUGUGUUUGUCCUGGCAGUGGGCAUUGUGCUGUCACCCUUGGUGUUUAUCUUGGUCUCUUAUGGCUACAUUGUGAGGGCUGUGUUACAAAUUCAGUCAUCAUCAGGGAGGCAAAAGGCCUUUAACACGUGUGGCUCUCAUCUCACUGUAGUCUCCCUUUUCUAUGGAAACAUCAUCUACAUGUACAUGCAGCCAGGAAACAGCUCCUCUCAGGAUCAGGGAAAGUUCCUCACCCUCAUUUACAACAUUGUUACCCCACUUCUCAAUCCUCUGAUCUACACCCUCAGAAACAAGGAGGUGAAGGGGGCACUGAGAAGGCUGUUAAAAGGUGACAGGGAGUUCGGAAAGGAGGGAGGGAGAAUGGGAGGAUGA